AAGAUCAAGAGUUGCAUGCUGCACCCACUGAGCCAGCCAGGUGCCCCUGCAUAAGGUUUCUUGAGCUCCACAUAAAGUUUUUGAGAUUCAUCCACGUGGCUGCAGAUGCCAAUAGUUGGCUUGUUCUCACUGCUGUGUAAUAUUCCAUGGGACAGUGAGCUCUGUGAGGGCAGGCACCGGUUCUGUCUUAACCUCCAACAGCAGUCCCGAUCAAAGCUGGCACAUGACUUUCUCCGGGGAGCUGUCGGGGAACCUUGACUCCCACCCUUUCCCUCCUUGGCAGCUGCUGGGUGACGCACCCAGGGGCGGGUGCUCCGCCCCACAGCGGACGCUGAUUUAGCCCGGUUGGGCAAGGCCAGGGUUGCCUGGGGGGAGGUUACUCAUCCCGGGCUCAGGUAAGAGGGCCCAGGUUGGGAGGCGGCACACCCAGGGGGGACGCCGAGGGAGCAGGACCUAGCCAUGGACCCUGCCAGGAAAGCAGGCGCCCAGGCAGUGAUCUGGACCACGGGCUGGCUGCUGCUGUUGUCGCUGCUGCUUGGAGAAGGAGCGCGGGCCCUGGAGUGCUACAGCUGCGUGCAGAAAGCAGAUGACGGAUGCUCUCCGCAGAAGACCAAGACCGUGAAGUGCGCGCCGGGCGUGGACGUCUGCACAGAGGCGGUGGGGGCGGUGGAGACCAUCCACGGGCAGUUCUCGGUGGCAGUGCGGGGCUGCGGGUCCGGACUCCCGGGCAAGAAUGACCGCGGACUGGAUCUUCACGGGCUUCUGGCCUUUAUGCAGCUGCAGCAAUGCGCCCAGGACCGCUGCAACGCCAAACUCAACCUCACGUCGCGAGCGCUCAACCCCGCAGGCAAUGAGAGUGCGUACCCGUCCAACGGUGCCGAGUGUUACAGCUGCGUGGGGCUGAGCCACGAGGCGUGCCGGGGCACGGCUCCACCUGUCGUGAGCUGCUACAACGCCAGCGAGCGCGUCUACAAGGGCUGUUUCGACGGUAACGUCACCCUGACGGCAGCUAAUGUGACUGUAUCCUUGCCUGUGCGGGGUUGUGUCCAGGACGAGUUCUGCACGCGGGAUGCGGUGACAGGCCCAGGGUUCACACUCAGUGGCUCCUGCUGCCAGGGGUCCCGCUGUAACUCGGACCUCCACAACAAGACCUUUUUCUCCCCUCGGAUCCCACCCCUUGUCCUGCUGCCCCCUCCUAAGCCCACCACUCAGGCCCCAACCACCUCUGUCACAACCUCUACUCCAGCCCCAACCACUCUUGUCUCUGCCACUAAACCCACCACGGCCAGCCAGACUUCCCCACGGGAAGUACAUCCUGAGACCUCUCAGAAAGAGGAAUCUAGCUUGGCUGGAGGUGCCGCUGGCCACCAGGACCGCAGGAAUAUGGGACAGCACCCUACAGGAGGGGGGGCCCAUAAUAAAGGCUCUUCAACUUCCUCGGCUGGGUUGGCAGCUCUAGUGUUGGCCUUGGCUGCUGGCACCCUACCAUGAAUUUUGCCAUCUAGAAACUUCCGUCUUGCCUUAUUCCCCAGCCCUGGGUACCCUCUCUUCCCAUGACUUCCCUUUCUCCUCACUGGACUGGGCUGGCCCAGCCCCUCUUCUUCCAAUCUCCCCCCCCCCUCCCCACUAUCCCCAGCUUCUGCUGCACUGGUUUGCGGCUUUGGGAAAUAAAUUUACCGUUGUAUAUAUAUCCUGCCAGGGUGUUGUAGCUUCUGGAAGGCAACAGGUGUAUCUCCCUCUUCUUUGUCUCUCCCUGGUCUCCUCAUGGUGUCUCUGGGCAGAGAAAAGUCAGGGCUGUCACAGGGAAGAUGGGAGAAACACUGAUAAGCUUUCUAUUCACCUUAUAGCCAGUCCAGAAUUUGGGGGGGGGGGGCGCGGAGCAGGAUAAUGGUUCCCUCCUCUGCUGGCUGGUGUCCCUGCUCCCCGUCCCCUCUCUGUGGGAAUCGGUUCAGCAUCUGACUUCCUUAUUAGACUGUGAGCUCCUCAAGGGCAGGGACCGCGCCUCAGGCCUCCGUGUGGUCAGUUUCUGGCACAUGAAGGUCUCAAUAAAAGUUUAAUUCCUUUGUA